CGAGUUGGUCGGUUGGGUCCACGCCAGUCCGGAGUCCAUGAUCAGUCCUGGUCAGUCUGCAGCAGUCUGCACUCUGCGGUAGUGUUCUGACUCAUUCCUACGUGUUAUUGACGGGUGCGGUGCGUGAAAACGACAAUUAAACGCAAGUAGCGCGUAAUAUAAAGUGUGAGUUCCGUCAAGCUCGACCUCGGUGCAACGGUUCCGUCGCGUCGGACCUCACCGUAGGCGAGAAACCUCGUGAUAGCCCAGCUGCAACGUCCCAUCGUCUCCACGUAAACUUAGGAACAGGCACGCGUGUAUACGUUUCGCCAGAAGGCUAACGCAGGAUGGCGGAAGCCCAUUCGGCCGUAGCAUUCAGCUUUUCAAUAACACACGAAGGAUGGGAUGUAAACUUCGAUCGAGAGGUACUCCACUUGGUCUGGCUCUCUGGUGUAAGGUCGUGGAAAAAAAGAUUUUUCCGGUUUCAGAACAAUUUGAAAAGCGGCGUUUAUCCAGCUUCUUUGACAAGUUUAUGGGUUACUGUAAUUUUAGUAACGGCGAUACACUUUGCUGGUUACAAGGUCCCGUAUGACCUAGUUGGGAAAGUUUCGCCGUAUCUUUCUGGUUCCUCAGUACUGGCACACCUGGCAGGCUCCUUCGUAGUCGGGCUGUUCCUAUGGCUGGCGGUUAUAUACGCGAUUCGAUACACGUUGAAGCUAUUACUUUUGUACAAAGGAUGGAUGUAUGAGGCGAGAGGCAAAGGUCGCAAGCCGUCAAAAUUGACCCAAUUUUGGCUGUUGCUGGUGAAAUUAUUUUCAGGUUGGCAUAAGCCCAUGCUGUACAGCUUCCAAGGAUCAUUGCCACGAUUGCCACUACCGACAGUACCUGAAACUAUGGAACGGUAUCUGAGAAGCGUACGGCCGUUGCUCGAUGAUGAGAAUUACGCUCGCAUGGAAAAGCUAGCCAAGGAGUUCCAGAAUGGCAUCGGAGUCAAACUGCAGCGUUACCUAAUCCUCAAGUCUUGGUGGGCCACCAACUAUGUAUCUGAUUGGUGGGAGGAAUAUGUUUAUUUACGCGGAAGAUCGCCUCUAAUGGUCAACUCAAAUUUCUACGGGAUGGACGCCAUUCUCACCCAUUUCACGAACUUGCAAGCCGCCCGAGCCGGAGCUGUAAUAUAUUCCUGUUUACAAUAUAGACGUCUCAUCGAGCAUCAAGAAUUAGAACCUAUUUUAGUUCAAGGAUUGGUACCAUUGUGUUCUUGGCAAUAUGAAAGAGUAUUCAAUACUACACGAAUUCCAGGAAUUGAAGUUGACAAAAUUGUGCAUUAUCAGGAUUCUAGACAUAUUGUAGUGUAUCAUAAAGGCAGAUAUUUCAAAGUUUUAAUUUAUUACCGAAAUAGAAUUCUUCAACCUUGUGAGAUAGAACUUCAGAUUCAACAAAUUUUGGACGAUAAUUCAACACCAUCGGAAGGAGAGGAGAAAUUAGCUGCUUUAACAGCUGGUGAAAGAACUACCUGGGCGCAAGCCAGAAAAGAUUUCUUCGCGAAAGGAGUAAAUAAGGCUUCUUUAGAUAUUAUUGAAAAGGCGGCCUUUGUAGUCGCAUUGGACGAUGUACCUUAUGAAUAUGAUUCAAAACAUCCAGAAAAGUUAGAUCAUUACGGUACGAACCUAUUACAUGGAAAAGGAUAUGAUCGAUGGUUCGAUAAAUCUUUUACACUAUGUAUUGGAAAUAAUGGCAGAAUUGGUUUUAACGCAGAGCAUUCUUGGGCAGAUGCUGCAGUCAUGUCACACUUGUGGGAAUACAUAUUAUGUUCGGAGUUCCUGAACCGACAAUAUAAAGAUGGACACAACGUAGGCAAUCCGGAAUUUACACCUCCAGCUCCAACUCGAUUGCAAUGGGAUUUAAAUGCCAAAUGUAUUCAAGUAAUUGAACAAUCCUAUCAGGUAGCACACAGUAUAUUGAAUGACGUUGAAUUACGUGUUUAUGUGCACGAUGCUUAUGGUAAAGGUUUGAUGAAAACUCAUUCCAUAUCACCAGAUGCCUAUAUACAAAUGGCGUUGCAAUUGGCUUACUAUCGCGAUGCUGGCAAGUUUAAUUUAACUUAUGAAGCUUCCAUGACAAGGUUGUUCCGAGAAGGUAGAACAGAAACAGUCAGACCUUGCACUAUUGAAUCUUCAAAGUGGGUAAAAGCAAUGGAGGAUGAAGCAAUAACGGUAACGGAAAAAGUAAAGUUGCUAAUGGAUGCAGCAACACGACAUCAACAAAGUUAUCAAGAUGCUAUGUGUGGUAAAGGAAUAGAUAGGCACCUGUUCUGUUUAUAUGUUGUAUCGAAGUACUUAGAAGUAGAUUCACCAUUUUUGAAGGAAGUUCUAAGCGAGCCAUGGAGGUUGUCGACAUCGCAAACUCCACACGGCCAAACUUCGAGACUAGAUUUGAAAACUUAUCCUAAAUGCAUUUCAGCUGGUGGUGGAUUUGGUCCUGUGGCCGAUGAUGGCUAUGGAGUUUCUUAUAUAAUUGCGGGAGAAGAUCUUAUAUUUUUCCAUGUUUCUAGUAAACGAUCUUCGUCAAAAACGGAUGCCGCCAAAUUUGCAAAACAAAUUGAAAAAGCACUUGCCGAUAUGAAAGAUUUGCUAGAACGAAAAAAGAAAAUACAUCAGAACGGAUCAGCGUAACUUAUUCAUUACCUGUAGCGCGGUUGAGCAAAAUUAUUAUAAGCUAUGUAAUGAAACGAGGUCUAUAACUCCAAAUAAUUUUUCUUGGCUUAUGGAGGAAUUUAAUAACAUAAACAUAAUUUAAUGCUUAAAAUAUAACUCUCUUAAGGCAAAGAUUUUUUCAUAGGCAAUUAUUUUUCAUAGAUAAAGGUUAUAGCAAAAAAUAACGGGCCCAAAA